GCACGAAUCAACCGUGCAAUAAUGUCCUUCCAACAGGACAUGGACGAAUUUGACAUAUACGACCCUUGCGGCUCAUCUCAAAGUGGAAACAAUGCUGCAUUCCUCGAUUGGCAGGUGGUAGGCAGACGCCUUCGAAGCUGGACUCGCAGUCGUUUCCCGGCCAGGAAUGAGGGCAGGUCCAACAACGAUAUACCAAGCCCUGAGAAACUACCCCAGAAAUACGCCGGCUUCUUUCACUGCGAGCUUGCCGCCCGACCGGAAUCUGUACAAGGAACCAAGGUCUCUUUCCUGAAUCUACCUGGCGAGCUACGAAAUGAUAUUUAUUGCUUUCUCAUCUAUCCGCACCACAACAUGCUUUUGGUUGUCUUCCAAACCAGUCCAAGAGAUAUCUUCCGAUCGCUACUUCGCUCACCGAUAUUCCGUGUCAAUCGACAGAUCCGAGCUGAAGCCUUCUCUUUCCUUUGUGGCACGAAGAAGUUCCGGAUCAUCAAUGCUCCGUGUGCCGAAACCUUCCUUCGUUACAUUGGCCCAGUCGGUAGAAUGAACCUGGCGAAUAUUACUCUUAUGCUAUCCGUCUUCGUUGACUUGAACCUCGGUCAGGCUGAAGGUUUCUUCCGAUUUCUACGAGAAGCGAAUCACUUGCGACACUUCCAUUUGGAAAUCGACAUGUACAUCACUGAUCAAAAGCAUGACAAUGCCAAGUGGGACUUUUUGCAACGGAUCGAAUCUGCUCUACAUAACAUCGAAGGACUUAGCCUGACUUGGAGCAUGAUCUUGAGAUUAGUGCCAGACGACGACAUCAACCGACUGGGCGAUAUGUUUGUACGGAUGGAAGAGAUUUUCGGGAAAGAGAAUAGGAGAGGUGGGAGGGCCUGGGAGGCAGACGGGACUGAGAUUAAGACUUGACAACUCAUCAAAGAGAUGAGCAAUCAGCAUAGCCCUAUGAGCGGAUCAGGGGCUCGACAAAGACGGAUGGUUCUCGGAUAGUCCAAGUACCACAUUUUGUUUCCUUGAUUUCUUUUGAUCAUCUUAUAGCGCGAUUUUCAUUUCCAGAUUCCUCAAUACUAUAUACAUCACUGUCAGGCGAUUAAUAUCCUUCCGUCCUGUAUGCAAAGGCCUAAGAGUAUCAGG